AUGCCCCGGCCGGCGGCCGCCCUGCUCCGAGCGAUCACUGCGUGCACCGGCUGUCGGGAAGCGCAAGCCCUACACUCACUCGCCUGCAAGCUGGGCCUCGCCUCCGACAUGGUCAUUAGCACCGCCUUGCUGACCAGCUACGCGAAGCGGGGCCUUGUGGCUCGCGCCCAGAGGCUGUUCGACGAAAUGCCGCGGAGGGACGUGGUCGCCAUCAACGCCAUGCUGGCCGCCCUUGGCGCCGCCGGGAGGGUCACGGACGCCCGGGCGCUGUUCGGCAGAAUGUUGGACAGGACGCCGGCCUCGUGGAACACCAUGGUCACGUGCUACUGCAGGGCCGGCGAUCUCACCUCGGCUAGGGACGUCUUCGAGUCCAGCCUCCGCGCCAUGAGCAGCAGCGUCGUGUCGUGGAACGCGAUGAUCGAUGGAUACUGCAAGGCCGGGCGGAUGGACGCAGCGCGAGAGCUGUUCGACCGUAUGGGCUCCUCGCUGCCGGACGUCAUCACCUGGAACACGAUGAUGGCCGGGUACUUGCGCGGAGGGGAUCCAGCCUCUGCCAUCGCGAUGUUCCACCUUCUGAUGCGCACGCAGCAGGAGGGGGAGCAGAGGUUGAGACCCACCAGUGGCACCAUGGCUACCGUGGUGGCCGCGUGCGCGCAGGUGGGGGACUUGGCACUGGGCCGGCAGAUCCAUCACCUCAUCCAGCAGAAGGGGAUAUGGAUUGACACCGUGCUGAGCAACGCCCUCAUGGACAUGUACUUCAAGAGCGGGAGCGUGGACUGCGCUCUCGACGUGUUCCGCACCAUACCCUGCAGCCCCAACCUCUUUUGUUGGAACACGGUGAUCUCAGGGCUCGGAAUGAAUGGCCGCGGCGAGGACGCCAUAGCUGCGUUUCACGACAUGGUCCAGGGAAGGGGAAGACCGAACGGAAACAGCGUCAGGCCGGACGGGGUGACGUUCGUGGCGCUCCUGUCGGCGUGCAGCCACUCCGGCCUGGUGCGGGUGGCCAGGAAGUUCUUCUCCCAGAUGCUACCGGUGUACGGCCUACCGCCCCAGUCCGAGCACUACGGCUGCAUGGUGGACCUCCUGUGCCGCGCGGGUCACGUCGACGAGGCCGCGCGGCUCGUGCAGACGAUGCCCGGCCGCCCCAACGCCAAGGUGCUCGGAAGCCUCCUGCUCGAUGCCCACGUCGCGGAGGGGCAGGAAGGCGGUGUGAGGCUGAGCGAGUGGGCGGCGCGGCGGAUAUCGAAGCUGGACCUCCACGACGGCGCGGCGUACGGUCUGUCCAACGUGUACGCGUCGCUGCAGAGAUGGGAUCGCGUCGAGGAACACAGGAGGCAAGUGAGGGCGGCCGUGAGACACGCCAAGGGCCCGCGCCGCAAGCGGCCUGGCCGGGCUUUGCUAUGA